AUGGCAACUCUACUUCCCCCGCCCAAAAGGCAGAAAUCGAACUAUGCCAAAUCACUCGAAAAGCCUGUUGCGCCCGAACCUGAGGUACCAAUUCCAUCGAUCGUCGUACAGUUCAAAUCUUCAGAAGAUGGAUCGAAUCUCGGUCCAGCGAUCAAUCUGCCUGCUGACACAGGUAGAGAUGCCUUGCAGAUGCUCGUGAACAAGUUGAGAGGAGAGACCGAAGAUCCAUUACCUUAUGCUUUCCACCUUGUACCUAAAGUACCGACCACUUCGACCUCUACUCAAUCUGCCAGAGUGCAGAUCAACAACUCUAUCCAACUGGAUGCGCUGAAAACUCCAGGAACGACCUUCUCGCCUGAAGAUGUGUUUGAGUUAUGGUGUGAACCUCAAGCUGUAUUUAGAGUAAGAAGCGUGGGGAGAUGUAGUGCUACUCUGAGUGGUCACUCAUCGCCUAUAUUGUGUUGCGCACAUUCACCAACGGGUAAAUACGCUGCUACUGGUUCUGGGGAUGCUACGGCUAGGAUAUGGGAUAUGGACACUGAGACGCCAAAGUGGACGUUGACGGGUCAUAAAGGGUGGGUAUUGUGUGUUGAAUGGGAUUCGAGGGAAAAGAUAUUAGCUACCGGUGGACAUGAUGGGCAGGUCCGUCUAUGGACCCCCUCAACAGGUCAAGCCUACGGCCAACCUUUAUUUGGCCAUACCAAAUGGAUAACAUCCUUAGCCUUCGAACCUUUACAUCUAGUCAAAUCAAAUUCACCUUCACCUAGAUUAGCGUCAGCCUCGAAAGACGGUACGGUCAGAAUAUGGAAUACCUCAACGCGAACGAUAGAAUUCGUCUUGACGGGUCAUGCGGCCAGUGUGAAUGUUGUGAGGUGGGGUGGUGAGAAUGUGAUAUAUACGGGUAGUAGUGAUAGGACAGUUAAAGUUUGGAGUGGUGUUGAUGGUAAAUUGAUAAGGACGUUGAACGAACAUGCCCAUUGGGUGAAUACGAUGGCUUUGAGUACGGAUUUCGUAUUGAGGACUGGGCCGUAUGAUCAUACCGGGAAAGUACCAAAAGAUGAUGAAGAGGCCAAAACACUCGCCCUCGAACGAUACAAAAAUGUCAUUUCCACUCAACCCGAAACCCUCAUUACUGGCUCAGACGAUCAUACUCUUUUCCUAUGGCCUGAUCAAGCUUCAUCUUCAUUCUCUACUUCAGCCACGCCCAAGAAACCUCUAGCUAGAUUGACAGGUCAUCAGAAGCAGGUCAACCACGUUGCUUUCUCGCCUGAUGGACGGAUGAUUGCGAGUGCAGGGUUCGAUAAUGCUGUGAAGAUCUGGGAGGGAAGGACCGGGAAGUUCAUAGCCAGUUUGAGAGGUCACGUAGCGGCCGUUUACCGGGUUGCUUGGUCAGCGGAUUCGAGGAUGUUAGUCAGUGCAAGUAAAGAUACGACCCUGAAGCUAUGGAAUUUGAAGACAUAUAAAAUCAGGAUUGACUUACCCGGACAUACGGAUGAAGUGUACUGUGUCGAUUUUGUAGCUGAUAAAGUUGUCAGUGGAGGUAGGGAUAAGACUGUCAAGAUGUGA